UCAACAAAAUUUUAAAAAUACGAAAUCAUCAUCAUCAUCAUUAUUUUUAUUAUUUGGAAAAAAAUAACAUGAAAAUCAUUAGCAAUAGUAAUUUGGUAACGCCAUCUGAUUAUUAUUUAAUAUUAUCGAACACAUCAUCAUCAUCAUCAUCAUUAUUAUUAUUAUUCAACAAGUAUAAAUUUUUGGUCCUGUCGCUUAUCUGGUUAACGUUAUUAUUGGCCACCAAUGGCGAUGAAGAAGCCGGUGGUGUUGCAUAUCAAUAUAGGCCAGAUGAAUAUCCAUCAUUGGUAAGUAAUCCAAAAUUAUGUGCAGGAAGUUUUAGAAAUCCACCUACUUCUGUUUGUGAUCCGGAUAAUAUAAUCAAACCGGAAGAUGCAAAAAAAUUGGAUCAAUUAAUCAAUGAACAACAGAAUGAAACCGCUUGUCUAUGUCCACCAUGUUCAAAUGAAAAUCCAAAUGGUUUAUUAAUCAAAAUAGCAUUGGUUCGAUCGAUAAAUUUGGCAGCAAAUCAAAGCAUUGAAAAAUCUGUUGAACAAUUUGCCGAUCGUACUAGAUUAAAAUGGAAUCUAGCUAAAACUUGUCAUCAUGAUGUAUUAGUAUUUGUGGCAAUCACCUAUAAUAAAGUUGUCAUUUCAAUGGGUACUAAAGCUGAAAAUGUGAUUGGAAUGAAAGAAGCACAAAAUAUCAUUGAAAAUACACAGAAACAUUUUUCAAGAAAUUAUAUUUACGAAGGUUUAGAUUCCAUAGUAUCAUCGUUACAAAAUCAAGCUCAAGAAUAUGAUCCAAGAUUAGAUCGAUUUAAAUUACGACAAGGAAGUCUGUGGUUCAUAAUUUUAGGUGCAAUUCUUUUGAUCAUCAUUGUCAUUGUUGCUUAUAUACAACUAAAACGAGAAAAGAAAAAUAAAACCAAAUUGAAGAAUCGAGAUAUCAAUUUAUCUAACGAAAAUUUGGAAAGACGAAAUGCUAUUGAUUAUAAAAAAGUUAAUGAUGAUGAUGAUAAAAAUACAAAUCAACAAUCAUAUGAAUGA